AAGUCUUCAUUUCACCAGCUGCUCAGCCCUCGAGAGCCCGAACAUGGCCAGCGAUGUCAAAUGUGUCUUUUUGGCUCAGCCUACCACAAACUACGACAACAGAACUUCGACCACAACAACGUACGACAAUACUGAGGAGCUCAGGAUCGUGAUGGUGGGGAAGACCGGAGUCGGUAAGAGCGCCACAGGAAACACCAUUCUAGGAAAGCAGAUCUUUAAAUCAGAGUUCUCCCCUCAAUCUUUGACUAAAGUCUGUAAAAAGGCCUUUGGUGAAGUGAAAGGGGAAAAGGUUUCUGUUAUUGACACUCCGGGUCUGUUUGACACCAAUACUGAUGAAGUGAAAACCUGUGUACAAAUAGUCCGGUGCGUGUCCUAUGCUGCUCCUGGACCCCAUGUCUUCCUGGUCGUCAUCCAACUGGGCAGACACACAGAGGAAGAAAAGAAUACAGUGCUGAAGAUUCAGAAAAUGUUCGGAGAGAAAGCAGACAAAUACAGCAUGGUGCUGUUUACCCACGGGGACCUGCUCAAAGGGAAACCUAUUGAGGAGUUCUUGAAGGACAGCAAAGACCUGAAGGAACUUGUGGAUAAAUGUAACGGCAACUACCACGUCUUCAAUAACGAGGCGAAGGAUCAGGCGCAGGUCGGCGAGCUGCUCGACAAGAUCAGAGACAUAAUGCGGGAGAACGGAGGAAGCCAUUACAGCACUGAAAUGUUCCAGAUGGCAGAGAAGGCGGUUGAAGAGGAAAAACAACGAGUCUGGGAAAGGAAGGAAGAGCAAAUGCGUAAAGAAGAGGAGGAACUGAAGAAGAAACUACAGGAAAAGUUUGAUCAACAAAUCAGGGAAGUGAAGGAUAACAUGGAGCAGCAGAAAAAGUUAAGGGAUUCUCGUGAAAGAGAAAUUAAAGAAGAAGUUGAAAGAUUGAGGAAGCAGCAGGACAUUGACGCCAGACGAGAGGCCGAGAGAAGUGUCCCAAUACUGCAAAUGUUAUUUGAGAUUAUUAAAGCUGCAUAUGCCAUGCUCUCCAAAUGAAGUUUUUGUCUUUAUGACGCCUGACUGCAGCAGCCUUAAUUAGCUGUUGUGAAUUAUUUAUAAUCGCAUUCCAGUUCUGGGUAUUUCUUUUGGGCCUGAUUUGUAAUAUUAUUAUCCACUCAAUAAGUAUUUAAUUAUAGAGGAAUGGCAGUUAGUUUUGAUUUUAUUGUGUGAUAUUUGUUUUCCAAGAUGCAGACCUAUCGGUUAGGAGCAUUGCAAUGUUUCACAUUGGACAAGGAAUGUAUUUUAAAGACCAUUAUGUAAGAGUGUGUACACUAGGCAUUACUGUAAGGGUGUAUACACUAGGCAUUACUGUAAGUUAUAUUCCAUGGAAUUUAUAUGGUUAAAUAUACAGCAAACACUCGUUGAGCAGCUGUGAAAGACACAUUUAUUUCCAUUGACUUUAAAUGCUAGUCCCCUCUGAAAUUCCCCUUGUGUUCUUUCUGAACACGCCGAUAUUAUCUGCAAUGAUUCAAACUCGUUGUCAAAAAAUGCCCCCAAAUGACCAAUGUCUUGUGAUCGAUGUGUAAAUAUAUUAAAAAUAUGCUGA